AUGGAGGAAUCAACCAAGGCGGCCGAGGACAAGAGGCUGUUUCCGGAACCUGUUUCGGUUUUGGAGACAAUCCAGAGCUUUAUAGAUGAUCGUAAAAAGGCCGGUAUCCCGUUAAAUGCUGAGGAGCGAGAGGCAUUGCGGGUACUGUACUCUGACGCCGUUCACGAGACGCUGGCUGAUGUGGACGACGCGACGUACAGCGAGCUCAGUCGACUCAAACAGAUUGAGCUUGAAUAUCUUCACCAAGUGCGUGGUGUGCGCCAGGUGAUGCCCUCUGCAAUUUUUGGAGACGGCUACGCUGGAUAUGGCAAUGGAUGGACAGGCAACAAGAUGCGGCUUUUGUAUGCGCAGGAUCGCAAAAGGGCCGGCCGUGAGUCUAAAGAGCUCAUUAUUCCCAAUCCCUCUUUGGCCAAAACAGCCAUUACGGGCGAGCAUCUCGUCCCAAUUCGUCUGGACUUUGAGAAUGACAAGUAUCGCUUCAAAGACACGUUUUGCUGGAACAUCGAAGGCAUGACCGUGCCCAUCGACCUUUUUGUGGAAAACCUCCUUGAGGACUUUGCCUUGCCAAAUUCUCUUAUGCAGCCGAUUUGUGCGUCCAUCGAGGAGCAAUUUCACAGCUAUGUUCGGCACCCUUUACAGCAGCAGGAGCAGCAACAAAAGCAGGAGCCCAAGCAAGAGUCUGCUGCGGAGCGGCCAGCCGCUGUCGAAAAUUCAGAUUUUGAUAGGAGGGUUGUGAUCAAAAUCGAUAUCACGUCUGCUCAACACACCUUGAAGGAUCAGUUUGAGUGGGAUAUUAAUGAACCGGAAAACGACCCCGAGGAGUUUGCUGAAACUUUCGUCAAAGAAAUGGCUCUUCCUCAAGAAUUUGCUACCGCUGUUGCUCAUACAAUCCGUGAACAAGUGCAGGCACAAAUAAAGGAAUUAAUGCAGCAAGGCUACGAAUUCGAUGGCGCGAGACAAGUAAGUCGAGACGCAGCUUGCGACUUUGAGGUGGGUCCGCACACAUUUUUGCGUCCUCCGCACUUGCUUGAUGAGUUCAGCCCCAGUGUCUCUCAGCUUUCCACGGACGAGAUUCAACACUUUGACCGCGAUCGGAAUAAUCGCCGCCGCGGCCGUAGAUUGGGUGGCCGUAUGUCCCGACGAACUGCCGGUGGAGGAGCUGUUCCUUCUCUACAGCCUCUGUCAGAAGUUCGAGAGAUCCGCAAUAUCAAUACGCCCUACUUUAACAGUCUGUUGCCGGGCGGCCUUGAUCGAAACCUAGACACACUGCGUUCACACAUCUAUCAGCAAGAUGACACCGACAGCGAACGACCAGAGGUUGUUUACUUUUUCAACAGGCUGCGUGAGAGUAGACAUGUGCCCUCUGCGUCUGUGUUUUCAAUGGACAUGAUCAAUGAAGACGAGCGGCGACAGAGGUUCACGGUGAAACUCAAGCUGCCCCCACGGAUUCUUCACCAAUUCCCUAGCUUUGGGAAUACCCAAUAA